AUGAUCGGGUCGGGGCGCGCAGGGCGUACCAUGGAAAAACAUGUUGCAGAUACAGUAAUAGAUAUAUCUGGACAGACCGGCACGGACGAGCAUAGUCAAACUGACUGUAUCAUCACUGCUGUGUCCAUCAAAAGCAUUGAAAGGCAGGAAUUGGAAGACAUCACGUCUGCCUACGGUGAUAUAUCCAAAAAGAUGAUAAUGGUUAUGCUGGACUUGACAACUGUGUACCUACGAGGACAAAUGCCUAUUGCAUGCUAA